AUGGCCGAUGAUCCCGCGCCUCUUGUGGGCCUCCAGCCAUCCUCAUACGAGGUGGGCAAGGACGAGUACGUUCCGCCACUAUUUGCCCUUCCUGGCGACUACGAGGAGGCCGAGUUUGAGUUUGAGACCGGGAGCCACCGCCUGCACCAGGCCGUGACCGGCUGGAGGGAGGGCGGGUGCGACAUCCUCUGGUCGAUGGUCAUGCCUGCGACCGUGGCGCUCAACUUGGACCGCCUUGUAGGGCGGACGGUACUGGAGCUGGGGGCGGGCUGCGGCUUGGUUGGCCUCAUCGCUGCUCAGACCGCGAGCCAUGUUGUGAUCACAGAUGGCGACGUGCCUGAGGUCGCACUGUGCACGGACAACGCUGCCCGCCACGCGCCAAGCCACGCACGAGUGGAGGCGGCGCACCUGGCUUGGGGCGCGAGACCCUCGCAGCAGGCGCAAGCGGAGGGCCGGCUCGGCGGGUGCCGCGCCUUUGACGUCAUUAUCGCCUCGCAGGUGGUCUAUGUGCUGGCGUGCAUCCCCGCGCUCGUGGAGACGUUUGCGACGCUGCUCGCGCCAGAUGGCGAGGUCUGGCUCUACAAUGACCGCGUGAGUUACAGCCUCGGGCCAGACGGCCAGACGGAGUGCCGCGCGUGCCUCGACAAGGCCCUCGCGUCACACGGGCUCGCCGCCACCGCCGACACGUGCUUACGCCUGCCGCGAGAUUUCGACGAGCUGCCGUCGCAUGCAUAUCUGCUGCGGAUUACACGUGCUCCAUCGGCCUGAGAGGGCUUGCGCUGGGGUCUCACGUUCGUGUCUUGCGAGAAGGCAGGCAGGCACCACAGGCGAGUUGCAGUUGGCGAGACCGGAGCUCCGGUCGCGGCGACGACAACCAUCGACCUGGAGCUGGACGCUGUGCUUGGUGCUGCCCACCAGCCCUGCUGGUGUACGGAACUCGCAACUCCGUACUCGGCGUCCGCUCUUGUCCACGCGUGUUGCCAUCAGAUUCUACAAUAGAUUAUAGAACAGAUUUCGCGUUCCCCACCUUUCAGUUUACGCGUUAUUUGAAAUUAUAAA